AUGCCCCUGCCGCCGCCCGCCCUGCCCUGGCUGCUGGCCGCCUGCUGCCUCUGCGCCCUCCCGCGGGGCUCAGGGUUCCCCCAGCCUUUCUCGCGCUACAGGGACGGCGUGGACCUACCCAAAAGCCAGCAACUGGCGCUGUGCUUCAGUCAGUGGAUGGAACUGUCUAAUCAACCCCAGAUCUCCAGCACUGUUUUGGAUCUUUGUUAUUCCAUAUUCAACAGUAUGCAUACAAAUGAGGAAUCACAGAUUGCUGCUGCAAAGUUUACAAAGAAGGAUAGUCAUGGGGCUCUGGGACGGCCUUUUUUCCUUUUCAGGCCUCGAAACGGAAGAACUAUUGACGGCAGUGAGGGUGUAAAUUGUACUUGGAACACAAAAGCAGACUUCUCUCUUCUCCAAGUGACCUUCAGUCACCUAAUCCUACCGGAGAGCCCACUAACACAGAUCUCUGCAUGCAGGUGGAAGUCACCCUCGCAUCAGAAUUAG